GGAAGGCAGCACGAUGGCCAGCCAAAGUAAUGUGGAUGUUUGACUCGGGUUUUCGUUGUUUUUAACUCACCACUUUGUUUCGUAUUUGUGUAUUUAUUUCGUUGUUCGCGCGAUGAGCGGAAGUGAAUUGUCUCUGCAGGCUUUGUCCUGGAGGAAGCUGUAUUUGAGCCGGGCGAAGCUCAAAGCUACAAGCCGCACUUCAGCUCUGCUUUCCGGCUUCGCCAUGGUUGCGAUGGUGGAGGUUCAACUGGAUACAAAUCAUGAUUAUCCCCCUGGUCUACUGAUCGCGUUCAGUGCAUGUACCACAGUUUUGGUUGCGGUUCAUCUCUUUGCUCUGAUGAUCAGCACCUGCAUCUUGCCCAACAUCGAAGCCGUCAGCAACGUACACAACCUCAACUCGAUUCGUGAGUCUCCACACGAACGUAUGCAUCGCCAUGUCGAGCUGGCCUGGGCCUUCUCAACCGUCAUCGGCACACUGCUUUUCCUUGCUGAGGUCGUCCUACUCUGCUGGGUCAAGUUUUUACCCAUCAGGCCCAAAAAUCAGAAAAAUGGCACAGUCUCGGCAGGGGUGGCCGCUGCCAUCACCUCCACUUCUAUCAUGGUACCCUUUGGUCUCAUCUUUAUCGUUUUCGCCGUCCAUUUUUACCGCUCUCUUGUCAGUCACAAAACUGACCGUCAGUUCCGGGAGCUAGAGGAGCUGGAGGAUCUGACACGACUUCAGAAUGAGCUGGACCAGAGAGGAGAAACAUCGGUGCUACACUCUCCAGCUUCUCAAUAGAAGAUGUCUUGACCAUCCUGAGUCCGCUGUAACUGCUGUAUGUCUUAGUUUUUGCAUGUGGAUUUAAAGGUAUUGAUGAAAGCUAAAAUACACCUCAGGCUUUACCAGCUUCCAUUAAGGGGAACUAUCCUGAGGUUGGUUUUUUUUUUUUUUUUUUUUUUAAAUUGUUUUAAUUGCUUGUUUUUGCAUUUUCAAAAUGAAAAUCCUACUUUUUCUAAAAGAGGCAGAAUCCAAAAAACACAAUAAUACUGUUUCUAAUACUGUGUCUGUUAAUCAAUGUGAAUUAGGAGUGUGAGCGUAUAUCUGUGUGACAGUAUAUCACGAUAAAGACCUCAGCAUUAUGCUUUAACAAGAUCACUGAGCUAUAAUUAAGUACCGUGAUGUAACCAAAUCCAUCUGCUUGACAUCCCGUUAGUUUAUCAUAUUUUUUAAAUCCCUGAUGUAAAAGCUGGGAUUUUGGAGGGUAUCUGGUGUUCCACAGAUCCUUGAGUAUCCAGCAUGCAUGGUAACUAGUAGGACAGCAAAAUAUGUGACAUUUCAAUUUAAUGCCAGUUCCUUCUUACUUGAAGACAUGCUUAGAUGAACUUGUACUUUCUUUGGUCUGUUAUCUUAUUUGAUAUGAACAUUUCCAAGAAUGUCCCUGUAAACCUGCAUUCGCACUGUUGGAAAAAAACGUGUGGAACAGUGUUUCUCAGUAUGAUGGAAGCCAUAGAUUUCUGUGAGCAGUUGAUGCUAAUCAGUGCACGUGAGCAAAGGCUGGACUUUGGACCUCCUAGACACUUUGUUUUUCUCACUGUGAAACAUUAUGCAUCUUUUCAAUCAUCUGAGUCUUAGUCAAGAUGCAACAUUAUUAAGACUGGAGGGUUCCUAUACUGUGAUUAGCACAGCCUGAAACAGUAGACAGUAAAGUUCAGCAAAAUGGUCAGUACACGCGUCACUGCUGAGUCACGCUUGAACACAAGGUUAAUCACAAGCCACGUGGAGUAUAAAAGUGAAGAACGCACAUUUUUGCUGUUUUUGAUUUUUGGAGUUAAUCACUGAAACCAUUUUAUAGGUGAAUGAUACAUUUAUUUUAAAAAGUGCUGCGAUUUUUAAUAUGAUAGCUCUCAAUAUUUUUACUGAUGAACUCGAUAUUCUGUAAUUAUGAAUGUCGGUGCCAAAAUAUGACUGUUAGACUGAUGUUGAAUUCCCAUAUAAUCAUAGAACUGGUGGUUAGUAUGGCAAAAUAUCAUGAUACUUGACUUUCUUUUGCUGUGUCAUGAAAAUCAGUGUUGUUUUUGUGCCAGCGAUGUUGCAGAGCUGUAAGAAGACCUACAUUAUUAAAGAAAAGAAAUUGUAGAAAAAUAGAAUUUAAAGUACAAUAACAGGAGGAAUAAGGAAGCGAGCGUGGAGUCAGUCAGUGUUACAAAAGUGCUGCCUGUAAUAAUAUAUAUAAUAUGACACACUCAUAUCAUCAUUGUCCAGGCCUUUAUAGUAAAUCUUCAAGCUUCUAUCAUGAUUUAUUCUAUAAUUUCAGUAUGGUAUAUCCUAAAAAUGACUACAUUACAAAAAUCUUCGAGUGCCAGUGGUCUGACUUUUUAUGAACACAAAGUUAAUCACAAAGCAAGAGAAGUUGAUCAUGCUUAAAUCUUUGUGCUGUGAUAAAGUCUAAGUACGUGCCACGUUUCAUGGUUUGUUGCACACCUGAGUAUCAGCACAUGCGUAACUGCCAUUACUGCAUAAUCACUGAACCAAGCGACAUUUUGGUGUUUGGUGAAUGUUUACAAAUCUAUAAAUAAUGUGCCAAAUACUUUUGAUUCACACCUCUAGUCUGUACUGGUUUCUAAUUUAGCUUAAUGAAAUAAACUGUACUUAUUUCCAUUAACUCUCUAAAGGUAUCUGUGGCUUUUGGUACUAUUUAAAACACUCCUCAUGUCAUUUCACCCUAAUUCCCUUGGCCAUCCUAGGAGCAAUAAGCCAGUUAAUUAAUAGGAUCUAUUUAAGAACCGACUAGCUACAAUUUUAUAGCUGCUGAGCAACACAUGGACUUGUCCUUAAUAAAAGCUUCAUUUUUACGAAUUAAAGGUCUGAAGGAUUUAGUUGUCCUACAUUUUAGGCUACAGACAUUCCUCAUCUGGUGUCAUGUGUUUUUAUACUUUGAGCUGUUGCUAUGAUUUGUUUGAAACCAUGGUUCAUCCUCUGGUGUUAAAGGUGUUGAAAACAGUACCACAACUUCAAAAUAACUGCUUUAACAACAUGAGGGUCACAUUUUGGUGUUAAACCAUUUGCUAAGUGGUGUGGCCUUGAAGUUUUGUGUUUUUUUUCUUUUCUUUCUGUCAAGCGCACAGUGUAUAAAUAGUUUACAAAUCUGAAUGAAAUAAAAUGAAAUAUACCAA